UGCCCCCAUUCAUUAUCUCCUCCUCCUCAUUCAGACUCCAUUUUUACUGUUUUCUUCUUCUUCUACUUCUUCUUGGAGAAAAAUAUAAUACUUUGGGUCUCAAUAUGAACAGGAGAAUUAUUAUUAUUAUUAUUAUUAUUAUUAGGGUUUUGACAUAUGGGUAUUUGGGAAGGAAGGCAAAAGUCUUCCUUUAAAAGAGGUGGUGGUGCAAGUCCAAACAGAGAAACUAUUAUUGGGAAUCAGCAAUCGAAGAAGAAGAACAAGAACCUAUUUUUAUUUUUUAUUUUUUUUAAUUAAUUCUUUUUCUGGGAGAGGAAUUUGAGACAUUUGGUUUUGUCCUCGUGUCUCCACUACCUCUUCUCUUCUUCUUCCUCCUUUUCUUCUUUUCUCCAAUCAAAUCUUUAUUUUUAUUAUCCAAAACCUUCACAAAAUCAAACAUAUUACUUUACUUCAUGAAUUUUGGGGGAUUUCUCGAUAUUAUCGGCGGCGGCGAUGACGACGGCGAUGCUAGAUUUACUGAUAUAUCAGGAUUUAGCAACGAUAUGACCAGUGGUGCAGCUGUCUCUCAGCCGCGUCUCUCUCUAGCCCUUCAAACGAACAUGGAGGGUCAAAUUGCCGACACAUUUGAGUCUAACAACGUUUGUGGAACUAAAAGAAGAAGCAGGGAAGAAGAUAAUGAUAGUAGAUCUGUUAGUGAUAACCUCGAAGAUGGCGUCUCCGGCGACGAUCAUGAUGGUUCCGACAACAAAACCUCGAGAAAGAAAAAGAAGAAGAAGAGAUACCACCGACACACUCCUCAGCAAAUCCAAGAACUUGAAGGUCUAUUCAAGGAAUGCCCUCAUCCUGAUGAGAAACAGAGAUUGGAACUCAGUAGAAGACUUAACCUAGAAACCAGACAGGUUAAGUUUUGGUUUCAGAAUCGUCGAACUCAAAUGAAGACUCAAAUCGAGAGACAUCAGAACUCGCUUCUCCGGCAAGAUAACGACAGGCUUCAAGCAGAAAACAUGAGCAUUCGUGAGGCAAUGAGAAACCCAAUCUGCGAAAACUGUGGCGGUCCAGCUAUGAUGGGUGAUUUAUCAUUCGAAGAACAACACCUUCGAAUAGAAAACGCUCGUCUUAAGGAGGAAUUCGAUCGCGUUUGUGGUUUGGCCGGAAAGUUCCUUAGACGUCCCGAUCUAGUUAAUUCAUCCUUCAACGAUGUCGUUGUACCACCCAUGGGCUCGUCCCAAAUUCCAUUACAUUUAGGGCCUGUAGUUGGAUCUGAGUUUGGGAUUGGGGUGUCUAAUUCAUUCUCAACUUUGUCUAGUAGUGGGAAUAUUGAAAGAACAAUGUACUUGGAGAUUGCUUUGGCUGCCAUGGAUGAACUUGUGAAGAUGGCUAGAACAGAUGAACCCCUUUGGGUUAUGGAUAUGGAAAGCGGCCGUGAUGUGUUGAAUCAUGCUGAAUAUUUAAGGAUGUUUACUCCAUGCAUUCAUGGAUUGAAACCAAAUGGAUUUGUUACCGAAGCUUCAAGAGAAAAUGAUUUGGUUAUGAUCAAUAGCUUGGCUCUUGUCGAGAUAUUAAUGGAUUCGAAUCGAUGGGCAGAGAUGUUUCCAUGUAUGAUAGCUAAAGCAAAUACAAGAGACAUAAUUUCAAGUGGAAUGUGUGGAACAAGAAAUGGUGCAAUUGUAUUGAUUCAAGCAGAGAUUCAAGUUGUGUCACCAUUGGUCGGAGUUAGGGAAGUGAAUUUCCUCCGUUUCUGUAAACAACAUUCAGAGGGUGUUUGGGCGGUGGUUGAUGUCUCCGUUCAAACUUCCGGCGCCGGCGCCGCCAUUGGAGAAGCUUCUGCUUCACCUUUUAGUUGCAGAAGGCUUCCAUCUGGCUGCAUUGUGCAAGAUAUGCCUAAUGGUUAUUCUAAGGUUACAUGGAUAGAACAUGCAGACUAUGAUGAAAGUAACAUUCACAGACUCUAUAAACCAUUGAUCAGAUCCGGCAUGGGUUUCGGAGCUCGGCCAUGGUUAGCCACUCUCCGACGACAGUGUCAAUGUCUUGCUAUUCUCAUUUCUUCAACACUAUCCAACAUUGAUCAAACUGUAGAUGGUGCUAUAAUUAAUCCGGUUGGAAAGAGGAGUAUGUUAAAGCUAGCCCAAAGAAUGACCCACAGUUUCUGCGCCGCCGUCUGUGAGUCGGCGACCUCGUAUAAAUGGAACAAGCUAUCUGCAACCAAUGUGGGUGAAGAUGUUCGGGUCAUGACUAGGAAAAGUGUCGACGAUCCCGGCGAACCGCCGGGAGUUGUGUUAAGCGCCGCCACCUCGGUUUGGCUUCCUAUUUCAACUCAAAGACUUUUUGAUUUUCUACGUGAAGCUAGGUUUAGAAGUGAAUGGGAUAUUCUCUCUAAUGGAGGACCAAUGGAAGAGAUAGCUAAUAUUUGUAAAGCUCAAGAUCAUGGAAAUUGUGUCUCUCUUCUGCGUGCCAAUGCGGUGAACGAAAACCAAAGCAGUAGUAACAGUAUGCUGAUAUUACAAGAGACGUGUACAGACGCGGCGGGGUCGCUUGUAGUGUACGCGCCGGUGGAUGUUCCGGCGAUGCACGCGGUGAUGAACGGCGGUGAUUCGGCUUACGUGGCAUUACUUCCGUCGGGAUUUGGUAUAAUGCCGGAUGGGGGUGGGACCCAUUAUGGGGGUCGUAAUAAUGAGAAAGGGAGUGGUGGUGGGUCCCUUCUGACGGUUGCGUUUCAGAUAUUGGUGAAUAGUUUGCCUACGGCCAAGCUCACGGUAGAAUCUGUGGAGACCGUCAAUCAUCUUAUAUCGUGCACCGUUGAUAGGAUCAAAUCUGCUCUUUCUCUUUGAUCACUGAUUUGUCACGUGAUAUUAUACUAUAUAUACAUGCAUGCAUGCAUGCAUAAUAUCUUAAUUUAAAGUGAGUCAAGAACGAACCGAGUUAAGUCAGUAUUUUUAUGCGGUUCGGGCAUUGACUCAGCUGGAUUCUCCCGAGUCAGCUGAUGGGGUUUGUUGCUUUUUUGUAUUUAAUAAUAUUACUCUUUUCUU